UGACCUUAGCGCUCGUGAAAGGACAGACACAUCCAAUUUUUUGAUCCCGCAAAAUAAAAAAGAGAGGAAAGGCGGGCGAUGAAAUGAAGUAAAGAAACCCUCCCUGGUGAAAAAAACCCGCGAAUUUGAAUUCCCUUCCUACUUGCUGGGGGCAAUCGGGAGCGUCAAGAACUUUGUGAGACCCAAAGUGAAGCGGGACACCGGGAGAAGUGUCCCGCCGUCUCGGGCGCACUUGCUCGAUGUUGGAAAGAACCUCGCGUUGUGCUGGAGAGGAAGUCGCUGGUCGAAAACCUCAGCAAAGGCCCGAAACCCGUUGUGAAAGUGAAAAGGUGAAUGUUGAUGAGAUACAACGCAUCAGAAGGAACUCAAGGAACAGGACAAGUUGUGGAAUUUGUCUCUAGUCACAAAUCGAAAGAUGUCAAGCGGCGGCACAGUAUGAUUAGUAAAUCCCCAAAGUAUACCGAACGCUCCGAUGAUAGGAAGGAAGCAAGCGAAGAUGACAACGACAACUCGGAGGAUGAAGUGAUGAAAAAAAGCGAAGGAAAGAUCAGAACAAGUCGUGGAAGCGCGAGUCCAAAAAAGGUCGCCAGCCGGCAACGGACUGGAGCUCAGGGGAAGCGACGGUGGGGCACCGCCGAAUUCGAGCGACGUGGCCAGAAAAUGAAGAAAAACAUAAAGAGAGAAAGGCGUACGAAAGAUGCGACCUGAGGAUUUGAUGGACACGCCAUUUCAAGAGAUUCGCCGCCAGCGUGGACAACAUCUGGGAGAGUCUUGAAGACGUGGACCUAACUGGCGCAGGUGACGACGGUGAUGAUUGAAAUACCAGAGGAGUUGCUCCUCCGGAACGCACCAGUGAGCGAGUUAUGCAGCGAUUGCAAGAUGAAAGAGAUGGGCAUCUUUUAUACGUGUUCGUCUCAGAAAUUGGUGAAAUUCAUGAACGUCCUGGAGAAGAAUCAGGACAGUGUUAAACUGUCCACGUUGAUGAACCAUGGUAACGAUUCCAUGGAUGAGGAGCGGCUGUGGCGCGACCUCAUCUUGGAGCGGGUGACCAAGUCGGCCGACGCCUGCCUGACGGCGCUCAACAUCAUGACCUCGCCGCGCGUACCCAAGGUGGUUUUCAUCGAAGACGUCAUCGAGCGGGUGUUGCAGUACACCAAGUACCACAUGCAGAACUCCUUGUACCCCCAGUACGACCCCACCUACCGAUUAGAUCCCCACGGAGGUGGCGGGCAUAAUUCCAAAGGCAAGAAAAUCAAAAGGUCAAGCCAUAAGCAAAAGACAGUGCUCCAGCUCUACGGCAAAGUGUGUGACAUCAUCAGCAACCUUUCGGAGCUGGUGGAGAUCCAGCUGCUGACCGACAACACCAUUCUCCAGGUGUCCACCUUGGGUAUCACGCCAUUUUUCGUGGAGAACGUCAGCGAGCUGCAGUUGUGUGCCAUCACUUUGGUGACGGCGGUGUUCUCCCGCUACAGAAAGCACAGGCAGCUCAUUCUUGAAGAGAUCUUCAACUCUAUGGCCAGGCUGCCGUCCAGUAAACGCAAUUUGAGAAACUUCAGAUUAAACAGCAGCGAUGGAGGCAGCAACCAUAUCCAGAUGGUCACCGCCUUGGUUCUUCAGCUCAUCCAGUGCGUGGUGCAGCUGCCUUCCUCAAAGGACGGAGACGACGAACACAAUAAGAAGGUGGACAAAGACGUCCUCAUCACAAAUUCCUAUGAGACUGCCAUGAGGACCGCUCAGAACUUCCUGUCAGUGUUCCUCAAGAAGUGUGGCAGUAAGCAGGGCGAGGACGACUUCAGGCCUCUCUUCGAAAACUUUGUCCAUGACCUCCUGUCCACUGUCAACAAACCCGAGUGGCCCGCUGCCGAACUGCUGCUCAGUUUGCUGGGUCGCCUCUUGGUGCACCAGUUUAGUAACAAGCAGACAGAGAUGGCGCUGCGGGUGGCGUCGCUGGAUUAUCUCGGCACUGUCGCUUCUCGCCUGCGUAAAGAUGCCGUCAGUAGCAAGAUGGACCAAAAGGCCAUUGACCGCAUCCUUAAAGAGUUUCCCGGGAACGACGAGACGCAUCAACUCCAGAGGGCCCUGUUGUGCUACAUAGAGGAGAGCAGCGAAAUCGAUCCCGCUCUCGUCUUUGCCAGGAAUUUCUACAUCGCCCAGUGGUACAGGGACAUCACCAGCGAGGCGGACAAGGCAAUGAAGUCGCACGACGACGACGACGACCCAAAAGCUUUAUUUGCCGUCAACGACGUCGACUCCGCCGAGGAGAUUGUGCAGCGGGCCGAAUCGCGGAAAAAGUUCUUGCGCAAGAUUAUCAGAAACUCUCACACCAGGAUCAGCUCGGACGCAAUUGACUACAGGGACUCUUGUUUGAUUGUCCAAUACCUCGCCUCUAUGAGGCCGUUCUCACAGAGUUCUGAUAUUUAUUUAUCACAGAUCCUGAGAGUGCUCGGUGAGAGCGCCAUCGCAGUCAGAACAAAAGCCAUGAAGUGUUUGUCCGAGGUUGUGGCGGUGGACCCGAGCAUUCUCGCAAGGUCCGACAUGCAGCGUGGCGUUCACGGCCGCCUCAUGGACAACUCCACCAGCGUGCGCGAGGCCGCCGUGGAGCUCGUCGGACGCUUUGUGCUCAGUCGGCCCGAGCUCAUCGAGCAAUACUACGACAUGCUCAUCGAGAGGAUUUUGGACACGGGCAUCAGCGUGAGGAAAAGAGUCAUCAAGAUCCUGAGGGAUAUUUGUCUGGAGCUGCCGGAUUUCCACAAAAUCACCGAGAUGUGCGUCAAGAUGAUCCGAAGGGUCAACGACGAGGAGGGGAUUAAGAAACUGGUGAAUGAGACCUUCCAGAAAAUCUGGUUCACGCCAACACCAAGUCAUGACAAAGACGCCAUGAUCAGAAAAAUCCUGAACAUCACCGACGUGGUGCUCGCGUGUAAAGAUACCGGCUACGAUUGGUUCGAGCAGCUUCUCCAGAAUCUCCUUAAAUCAGAAGAAGCCGCUUCUUACAAACCAGCUAAGAAGGCCUGCAGUCAACUAGUGGACAAUCUGGUGGAGCACUUAGUGAAAUAUGAAGAGUCCAUUGCAGAGUGUGAGGACAAAGGCGUCAACUCGGGUCGCCUGGUGGCGUGCGUCACCACGCUGUACUUAUUCAGCAAGAUCCGACCACAGCUGAUGGUCAAACACGCCAUGACCAUGCAGCCCCACCUGAACACUAAAGGCAACAAUCAGAACGACUUGAUGUUGAUUUGCAACGUGGCCAAGAUCCUGGAGCUGGUCGUGCCUCUGAUGGACAAUCCCAGCGAGAAUUUCCUCACUACCAUCGAAGAGGACCUCAUGAAGUUGAUUAUCAAAUACGGAAUGAUGGUCGUGCAGCACUCCGUAAGCUGUCUCGGUGCCGUGGUAAACAAGGUCACACACAACUACAAGUUUGUUUGGGCUUGUUUCAAUCGUUUCUACGGCGCCUUGGCCAAACUCAAGACCCAGCACCAGGAGGAUCCCGACAGUCCCACCUUGGUGACGAACAAGCCCACACUGCUCCGCUCGCUAUUCACGGUCGGUGCUUUGUGUCGACACUUUGAUUUUGACCAAGAGGAGUUCAAGGGUGCCAAUAAGCUCCUCAUUAAGGACAAAGUCUUGGAAGUUCUUUUGUAUUUUACCUCGCACAAAGAUGAGGUGGUCCAAGUCAAGGCCUUGAUCGGUUUAGGCUUCCAGUUCAUCAUGCACCCGGAGCUAAUGUUCGCGCAGGACGUGAAGAUUCUCUACAACAACAUUCUGUCCGACGAGCACAGUCUGGUCAGUUUGAAGGUCCAGGUGCUUAAAAACAUGCAGACAUAUCUACAGGAGGAGGACUCGAGAAUGCUGGAAGCCGACCGUGACUGGAAGGAGAAGGCCAAACAGGAAGAUCUGAAAGAGAUGGGCGAUAUCUCGUCGGGCAUGAGCAGCUCCAUCAUUCAGAUCUACCUGAAGCAAGUGUUGGACUCCUUCCUGCACGGGCAGUCCACAGUCCGCCACUUUGCUCUCAGCGUUAUCACGUUGACGCUCAGUCAGGGCCUCAUCCACCCUGUGCAGUGCGUUCCCUACUUAAUUGCCAUGGGAACUGAUCCGGAGCCAACCAUGAAGAACAAGUCUGAUCAACAACUGGUGGAUAUCGACAAGAAGUAUUCAGGCUUUAUUCAUAUGAAAGCCGUAGCAGGGCUGAAGUUGUCCUACCAGAUCCAGCGGGCCAUCGCCGGAUCCAAAGAAGCGAUCAUCCGAGGCUUCCGUCACCAGGACACCGACGCGGCCCUCUGCGCUCAUCUGUACACUUUGGUCCGGGGGAACCGCCAACAUCGGCGAGCCUUCCUCAUCUCUCUGCUCAACAUGUUUGACGACAGCUCCAGAGCCGAAGUGAACUUGCUGCUAUUCGUGGCGGACAACUUGGCCUGCUUCCCAUACCAGACGCAGGAAGAGCCUCUUUUCAUCAUGCACCACGUGGACAUCACUCUGUCAGUUUCUGGCAGCAACCUGCUGCAGUCUUUUCAAGAGUCUUUAAGAAAAGGACCAAUUCCAAGGCCGAAGAAAAUAAAGAAGAAAAAAAAGAAGAAGGAGAAGAAGGCCAAGCCUCGGAAGAUGCGAGACAGCUCUGACGACAGCGAGGAGAGCAGCAGCCAAUCCAGUAGCAGCAGCAGCAGUAGUAGCAGCAGCAGCAGCAGCAGUGAGGAGGAGGCGGAAAAGCUCCACACGCAAUCUGACUCCGACAUGGAUGACGAGGAUGUGGUGAUGGCCCGCCUACCCGAGGACCAGAAGCCUCUGUUGGACUUUUCCCUGGCUUCGCAGGGAAUCCUACUGCUGCUCAUGCUCAAACAACACCUCAAGAAUUUAUACGGCUUCUCAGACAGCAAAAUCCAGAAAUACUCACCAACGGAAUCGGCCAAGGUGUACGACAAGACGGUGAACAGGAAAUCCAAGGUGCACUUCAAUCCUCGCCAGACUCUGGAAUUUCUGAAGGUCGGUCUAUCCAGCUCUGACAUCAGCUACGAGACCAGGAAGUCCAUCGUCAAACAGUACUUACACUUCAAAGUGCUGAUGGACCACCUGGACCGCGAGGAAGAUGAAGAGGAGGGCGAGGCCAGCGCCAACGCCAGAAACAAAGCAAUCACCUCGUUGCUCCAGGGCCCCAAAUACCGAAACCACAACCACAACAAUCACAGGGCGCAGAUCGAGUCCGAGGAUGAGGAGAGCGAGGAUGAAGAUCCCCCGGCGCAGAAGUCACGGCGAGGCGACGACUCUGCAGAGGACUACGGCCACAUGAACGAGAGCGUGGACGUCACGGACGUGGUGGCCAUCUGCUGUCCCAAAUACAAAGACAGGCCGCAGAUCGCCAGGGUGGUGCAGAAGACCAAAAGCGGCUACAGCGUACACUGGAUGUCCGGCACUUACUCAGGGCCCUGGGUUGUGGCCAAGAAACGGGACGGUCGCAAAAAGGUGCCUUGGUUGGACAAUAUUAAGGAGGCGGACAUUAUUUAUAAGAAAAUCUCCUUAACAAGCGGACAAAAGCUGACUAACAAAGUGGCACAGACGUUACGAGCACUAUACGCCGCCAAGGACGGGACUAAACAUUAGACAAUACUCUGGCAGCGCAGCACCACAUGGAUCCAGUAUGUUACAGAGACGAUCAAAGCUCUUUCUAUUUAAGGACCUCAUAGACCAAGUUGAAGUUAACACACCAGGAACAACUGUUUCAAAAAAACAUUGGGUGGGAGCUCCUUCGCUGUUGUGCAGCAACCCGGUUCGUUUUUACUCCCACUGACUGUAUUAUAGUUGAACUAAAAAAAUAUGUUUAUAUCUGAAAAUAAUUCUGUAAAAAGAAGGAAAAAAAGAAAAGUGAAUGUUGGAAAUUAGUGUAUUGACGUUCUUAAUAAAGUGUUUUUGGACUUUAAA